UUGCAAAGAAAGAGUUGAGCACUAAACCUAAUUCUGCACAUUUUCGCUCGUGGCCCUCUGUACAACCACCGUCUUCCGCGUUCUGACCACCAUCACCGGCGAAUUUACAAACCUCCGUCUUUACCGUCUUACAUCUCAGCUCGUAACCCAAUCGGAAAGCAGGUACAGAAACAGCAAUGGACGAACACGAAGUAACCAACGAAGUAGUGAGAGAGAAGAAGAAAGGGAAACACGAUAAACCCAAACCAUGGGACGAUGAUCCCAACAUCGACCGCUGGAAGGUCGAGAAGUUUGAUCCAUCAUGGAAUGAAGGUGGAAUGCUUGAAGUCAGUUCCUUCUCCACCCUGUUCCCUCAAUACCGCGAAAAGUAUCUCCAAGAAGCCUGGCCACUCGUUAAAUCCGCACUCAAAGAAUUCGCCAUCUCUGCCGAACUCAACUUGGUUGAGGGUUCGAUGACAGUUUCAACAACCAGAAAGACUAAGGAUCCGUAUAUUAUUGUUAAAGCUAGGGAUCUUAUCAGACUUCUUUCUCGGAGUGUACCCGCUCCUCAGGCAAUUAAAAUACUUGACGAUGAAAUGCAAUGCGACAUCAUUAAAAUUAGCGGGAUGGUUCGCAACAAGGAGCGUUUCGUAAAAAGAAGACAGCAUCUUGUGGGUCCCAAUUCUUCCACUUUGAAGGCUCUCGAAAUACUCUCGGGCUGUUACAUUCUCGUCCAGGGAAACACGGUUUCUGUGAUGGGUUCAUACAAAGGUUUGAAACAAGUCAGAAGAAUUGUUGAGGAAUGCAUGCUGAAUAAAAUGCACCCUGUCUACAAUAUUAAGAUUCUUAUGAUGAAGAAGGAACUUGAAAAAGAUCCAGCACUUGCCCAAGAGAACUGGGAUAGGUUUCUUCCAAAGUUUAACAAGAAAAAUGUAAAGCAAAAGAAGGUUAGCACCAAACAGAAGAAGCCAUAUACUCCUUUCCCUCCUCCUCAACAACCCAGUAAGGUUGAUAUAGAAUUAGAAACCGGGGAAUACUUCAUUAGCGACAAAAAGAAAUCCAAAAAGAAAUGGCAAGAGAGGCAGGAGAAGCAGGCGGAAAAAACCGCCGAAAACAAAAGAAAACGAGACGAGUCCUUUAUCCCACCCAAGGAGCCUGCAAAGCCGGUGGUGACUAAUUCCGAGGAUGCCAAUAAUAAUGUUGCUGAAAUGGCAAUGUCCUUAAAGGAAAAAUCAAAGAAGUUUGGGAAGCGCAAAUCUGAAGAAAAUAUAAAUGCUGAGGCAUAUAUUAUAGGGUCAUCAGAACAACCAUCAAAAAAGAAAUCUAAGAAACAAAAGUCUUAGAAUGAUCUUGAUUCUAAAGAUGGAAGAUGUGUAUGUGAUGUGAAUUUCAUCCAUAAAUGUUGAUCCAAUGUGUGUAACAUGAACACUCGUGGUCCCUGUAGAACUUGGAAUUUUUUAUUGUUGUACCAUCUUUUUAGAAGUUAUUACCCAAUAUACCACACUUUUCAACACAAUUCUCAAUGUACCAUCUUUUCAAACUUUUUUUUUAUUAUUAUAGAACCUCCGCCAAUUGAAUGGGCGGAGGUGUGUAAAAUAUAAGAGGCUCCGCCCAAUGCAUUGGCGGAAGCGUGUAAACUUUGAUUUUUUUUUUUAAAGAAAAUUGCAUAGCUCCGCCCAUCCAUUGGGCGGAUGUUCUAUACAAAGUAAAGGCUCCGCCCAUUCAAAUGGCGGAGGUUCUAUGCAGAAUUUUUUUUUGUUUGAAAUGAUGGUAUAUUAGGAAAUAAAGUGAAAUUGAUGGUAUAUUAGGAUUUAUUUUCUAUAAACAUGAUAUGUUGGUAAAAGAUUUUAGAACUUGUCUCUUUCAAAAUCAGUUCCAGAUACUUAUGUAUAAACUAUAUUUGGUUCAUUUGUUAAAAUAUGGUGCAGUAUCAUUUUGGGAGUUGUUAAAAG